CCCUCUCUUUAACCGCUGCCAUUCCCCUCUUCUCCUCGCCUUCUCUCGGCUAGUCGAGGAGACCGCUCGUAUCGCACUAAAUCGAUCGAGACAUGCAUGGUCUUUUUGAUUCGUUUUAAGUGAUCUUGAGGAUUUUUGGUUUCUGAAUUUUUUUUUUUUGUGGGUUUUGCUUUCGGAUGAGGAGGAGAAGGGAAAAGAAGGAUCCGCUGGCGAUGGAAGGUUGUUUCGUUGGUCAUGGCUUGAUCUAGGUAAGGUUCUGCUUUAUGUGUGGGGUUUUCUUUUGAUGUUCAAUUCUAGAAUUGGGAUUUAGUUUUUUUUUUUUGUUUGGUUUUGUGUGAGGAGAGAAGGAGCAGCGGGCGGCAGGAGGAGGGACAAAGCUUGUCGCCGACGACAAGGAAGAAAGGGUCGGGUGAGUUUUUAUUUAUUUUAUUUCUAAGAUUCGUUUAUAAUGGCCAUGCUCUGAUCUCUACUUCAUUGUUUUUGGCAGGCUUUCGGAUUGGACAGACUUGGGUAAGGAUGUCCUAAACUUGGCUUAAUGUGAUUAUGGAAUUUGAACAGAAAAAAUGAUAAAUUGUGCGUUUGACAUUGAUGCACAUAUCUUAUUUUGGUAAAAAUGAUUGGGUUGAUCGUUGGUUUUGGAAAUAUCUUUUGAUAUGAUAGAUAUUGCUAAAAAGGUUUUUUUUUUUGUAAUGAAGAUUUAAUUAACAUGCUCUAAAUUGUUAGUUUUGGCGAUUGUAAAUCACUACCUCUACCCGUGAUUUUGCUAGAUUAGGGACCAUAAAUCGCUAUACUGCUUGUGAUUUCGCUAGAUUAGAGACUGUAAAUCACUACUUUUGCUUGUGAUUUUGCUAGAUUAUGGAGUUUGAUGUUGGUUUUUGAAAUCUCAAAAUUAUUGUGUAAUGGUGUUUGUUAUUAAUUGUACUUUAACUCCUAUAAAUUGCAGCAACUGAUUGCGAUUUUAAUAGACUACGGUUGAUUUGUGGGUUUUCAAAUAUGAAAUUUAUUGUGUUUGGGCAAUUUUGGUUGGAUCUGGAUCUACAGAGAGCAUGAACUAAACACAGUAGUAUUUACUUUUAUCUUUUGUCUAUGUGUGUUCUAAACAAAAUGCAGGAAUUUGAAUAUGACGUAAAUUAAGAUAGACAAAAUAUAGCUAAUAGAGGUGAUAAAAUAGAUAGCUUGAAUGCAAGUAUAAAGCUUUAUAGAAAUGAAAUUGAAAGCAGAGCGGGUAAAUAUAUCGGCGGAAGUAAAUAAAUAGCUAAACAGAUUGGCAAGUACUCAGCUUGGAAAAUAACUAAAUGAAAGGAGAUUGGCGUAAUUAAAUCAUGUUGAUAGUUAAGUGCUUAAAUAAAGUGAUUCAUAUAGAGAAAAGCUUGAACAAGAUGAGAUCUUAUCAGUAAAAAGGAAAGUGUACAAGCACCAACCUGCGUAGCUCUAAACUGAUCCUCGUCUAACCGAAAGAGUGAAAAGAAGAAAAUAAUUAAGUGUGUCUGCCUAUCGAAAUUUCUCUCCGAAAAAUCCCCCAUGCAACAAGAGCUCAAAAGCUAUAUUUGUAGUAGGAAAAAUGUGCCACGUGUUGGUUUCUAAUUCAAGGUUUUGUUUAUUUGCCUCUACAAGACUGUUGUCAUGCCUUGAAAUGCGUAAUAGGCUAUAUAAGGUGGGCUUAGACGUGUUGGGCCGAGACCGACUGUGGGUUUGUGAGCCGAAUUGGGCUUGCGAUAUGGGGCAUGUUUCAACUAGACUUGGACUUGGGUUUCUUUAGGUUUGGGCCGGAUUCUGCCAUAAAUUGCACCUUAUGGUUGAACUUAACUAGUCCUUUUUUGUAUUGCAGGUUCCUGUUUGGUUUGGGUCACAAGGGAGGAGGAAUGGGUCCAAUUAUUACAAUGUCUGCUUUUAUCUGUGGUCAUUGUAAUUAGUUUUAAUAUUUACUGUAUUUUUGUACAAUGCAGUUGAUAAUAAAGUUUAUGCCUAUUCGAUUUGUCCGGUUUCAUCUUCCAAAUCCAAACUCGAGCACGGAGCAAAAUUUGCACAAUAGUCAUUUCUUCCAUCGAAUUGAGAAUUGAUAUUUAAGAUUUGCCACUGCUAAUCUUAACUAACUGAUACUAUGUUGUCUAAUUAUGUCCUAUAAUCGACUAGGAGCAAAUUUGACCAUUGUUAGUUUAUAUUGACUUGCAACUUCUAGUCUCAACCAAACUAUAUUGAGCUUCCUUUUAAAAUAAAAUAGUAGAUGAUGUUACAAUAAUUAUUAUCAAUAAAACAAUUAUCCCAGACAAAAUGUGGUGUCUACAUUACCCCACAUAUUUUCCUUCUUUUCUUAUAUCAUUGAGGACAAUAAAGCUAAAUUACACUUUAUACAUACAAAAUUAAUUAUAAAAAACAUAAUGAAAUCCAUGAAACAAACAAUAGUGUUUUAAAAAUCAAUAAUGAACACAAAACCCUUAUUUAUAUAUGGUUUUUUCAAAAUCCAAGUUAUGCCAAAAUCUUAAUUCUUCAAAUACACGAAGCAAACCAACCAAAUACGCCACAUGAUAAUUCUUUCUUCCCUUGAGUGAACAACUUUUCAAUUUCACUAGAAAUCUAAUUCUUGAAACAAAUCCGCCAUCCUAGUUGCUUCUUUUAAAUUAUCAAUUAUUAUAUACUUGCUGGCAUGCCACUACAAGAAAAUGAGUCUAUGGCAAGGGUUUGGUAGCAGGGGUUCAUGAAACCCCUGUUUGUGUUUCCUGAAACUCCCGUAGAUGCGGUAUAUUUCAGGGGUUGUGAAACCCUUGCUAGGGGAUUAAGUAAUUAAACCAUCAUUUCAUCUACUGGACAAAAAUAAUCUCAGUCCCAAAUCUAAAGAAACAAAUCCCUAGUCCAGUGCAACUUCCCGCUUCCAUCUUCUAAUGCAUCUUCUUCUCCAUAGCACAAAAAUCCCUAGUCAGCAUGCGAGCUUUGCCGAUAGUGUCUCCGACGAAGCUGAUUCGACGGGUGGUUAACAAGCUCUAGCGUGCGAGCUUUGAUUCGAUGGGCGUUUUACGAACUCCAGCAUGCUAGCUUUGCCGAUAGCGUCUCCGAGGAAGCUGAUUUGAUGGGCGGUUAACGAACUCCAGCAUGCAAGCUUUGCCGAUAGCAUCUCCGACGAAGCUGAUUCGAUGGGCGGUUAAUGAACUCUCUAGUAGCUGUUCGUGAAAUUUGAUAGAGAUUCAAAUCCCCGAUUGAAAUCAAUAGGUUAUUCUCUAUCAGUCUCUCUUAUAUUUUGAUCGAAAACAAUACUUCUUGUUGUGGUAGAUAGAACAUUCUGUCCAUGUAAGAGUAGAAGGUAGAAGUCAGAAGCAGCAGAAGACGAAGGAACAUGGAUUGGCUCUCCGGUGCCUUUUUUACUAUGGCGCUCGACGUAGACGCAACCAACAAAGGGACGAUGCUCUGCUUCUUCGUCUCCUCCCCUUCCAUGCCCAAAUCAAAUAAAAAUUCAUCCCCCCUUAAUUUCACCUAUUACUCGUCUCCCUUAAUGCUUAUCCUUGCUAGUUGUACUCCGAUCCCUUAAAUUCUAGGAUUUUACAUUAUGUUCUGGUCUCUGAUUGCUUUAAUUUGUUUUCUAUAUAUGUAGAUCAGUUGUAGCAAAUCUAUCAGCAGAAACUACUAUAAGCCUGACCAUCUCUAGAAACAAGCCAAUUGGGCAUUGGGUAACAACUUCCCUUCCUCUCUAUCUAUCUAUCUAUCUAUCUAUCUAUCUAUCUAUCUAUCCUAUUGUUGUUAUUAUUAUGCACUUGGAAAUGUGGAGGAACCAACUUGUUUGGGAUAGGUUUUUUCAUACAGUUGAGAAGGCCAAGUACUUCUACAUUGCUGGAUUCUUCCUUACUGUGUCCCCUGACUCCAUCCAGCUUGUUGCUGAAUAUGCAGCCGCAACCAACAAGGUAUAUUGCUGCAUUAUUUCUCUUUCUGUGUUAAGAAACACUAAUUGUUUUGUUUGAUGAUGAAUACAAGUCUUGAAAAUGUUACUGCAGGUGUUCACUAUGAACCUUUAAGCUCCAUUCAUCUGCGAGUUAUUCAAGGAUCCCGCCCUAUCACAAACUCAGCACAAGUUCCAAUUGAAUAUUUAUAGUUAUUAGCAUUUUCUAUUUUCUUAUGCAGAAGUGGCUUCUCUGUUUUCCAAUGCAUAUCGGAUACCGACAUAUUGACUAUAGUCAAGCGUGCGACACCAAGGAGGUAACAUAAUCGAGCUUUAAGGUGUUUGAUAUUUUAUCUCAUAGAGAUACAUGCCUGAACUUAAUGGCGCUCUGGUUUGCUUACUGUUUGUGUGGCCUCUGAUCUCCUAGGUGGGAGCUGUUCUGACUUCUGAAAAAGCUUUUCGAUGAGGUGAAACAUUGUAUGAUAAUGAUUUAUGUAUAAUGACUAAAUUGGCAGAUUGAAGAGAAAAAGGAAGCUGCUGCUGAUUUAUAAUUCAACUACUCCAAGUUGUGAUGUCAUCUCAUGAAGGUAGUGAUCUACCACACUCCCCUUUAGGAACUUCUUGUUUCCAAACAUCUGUUGCUUAAUUGGCUGUAAUAGAUUCAAGAGUGUCUUAGCUUCCGGAUGAGUUAUAGAUUAGGAUUCUGAAUAUGUUUUCCAAACAUCAUUGACUACAUCUGUCUUUUUGCUUUUGUAUUCAAAUGGUAGUAAAUGGCUUGUGGUACGAUUGCUUGUGGACUGUAGUUAAUGAAGCUUUCCAUUUGCUAUGCGGGGUGUGUAUGUUUUUCAGGAGAUAUCAGGAAUGCCAACUUCUUUGAAGAAAGAGCUCUCAGAUCAGAUGGCAAACUCACCUGAUGCGAUGGGUGAAACAUGUCAUGCUUGAUCCAUGUUCAGCAACCUCCUUGAGAAAAAUCGUGGUUUUGUUUCAGUAAAAUAGGUAAAAGAUGGUUGUGCUUCAAAUAUUUCAUUUUCUCUUAAGGUUCAUACAGGGUGUAUAUCCUCUUCUAUACUUUCAUGGUCAUUCAAUCGACAUAGGUUGCAAGCUGUAGGGUAUGAGGACCAACGUACCUACUCUAUCCUAUUCAUUGAUGAGUGACAGGCUGCAGGACACGAGGACCAACUACCUGCUCUACUCUAUUUCAUUGGUGAGCUUUCAACUUCUCUAUUAGCAUGUUUGAGACAAUUUUUUUACUGAAUUAACACUACUAGGACACAAACUAAAUUUCUUUUGGAUAUUUAUUAUUAUAUGAUGAAGAGCAAGAGAGCUAGUCCUGAAUCUAUCUUGCUGACCCACUAUCUCUUUAAUUUGAAGGGACUCCUGAACUCUCAAAUUCUACCAACCAAGCAGAAAGAAACUAUUGUCAAUACUUCAUGAUGUUAGUGGAAUCAUCAAGCCAGGAAGGUUAGUACACCUGACUUGUCUCAAUACAAAUAAUAUAUGAACUAAGGGUUGUCAAUACAGAUACAAAACUGAAAGGGUUAGUGAAACUGGUUUUGUUUAGCCCUUUUUUUAAAAUUACUGUCCUAAUCCUUUACGAACCGGGUUUCCUCAUGCUUAGUAGCAAGUCAUUGAUGGUUGACAGUAGAAAUGCUUCUUCUGCUACUUAAUCGAGCUUGAUUAAUGAAUCUCGACCACAGUAAGCCCCAAACAAUAGAUGCUUUCGGUUUGUAACAAGCAUGUGAGAGUAGUCCAACUUAAUGGCUCUGUAACACAACCUGAUAAUACGUACAGAUUUUUGACUAAACUAUCUACAAGAGAGAAAAUAACAAACAUCAAGCCAAUGUUGAUAUUAGUCUCUACAUGGAGGUGCUAAAGCAAAACAUUAAUCGAAAUAUUACGCCUAGUUGAUUAGUUCAUGCAGCCGUGAACUAACAAGCUGUAGCUCUUGGUGGAAUCUUGCAGGCAAUAGCAGUGGAAGGCUAAGUGAUGGUAAUGAGCAUGUGAGGUCAGCUUCCUUGUUUUUAAACUCUUCUUUUGACAGAGUGUUGUCAGUGGACCUCUUAGUGAGUGUUACAACAUCAUUUGUUUGGGGUCUCAUUUCUACGGACAACAGCUUAUCUUUUCCCCUUUUUUCUUCUCCCCAGACCCACCCUUUCAUCGAGGAAGUUCCAAGACAAAGACAUCAACUUGAAAUUUUAGUAAGUAGCCACUGUUGCAGACCUAAUAACUUUAGUCUUGGAUGAAGUUUACCAACAAGAAACUCUUUGGAAACUUCAUGACUUGCAGGUCACUUGCGGAACACUUGGACUAUUCACUGCCACUGUCAAACUCACUGAUGCUGACGGGGAGGAGCAUCGCCUGCGCUGUAGGAACUGGUCCAAUAGAUUCCGCAUACAAAGCAGUUGAUCUCAUAGUAAAGGAAGGGGCGAUACUGAUGGACUAUGGAGUACUCCAUGAACGCUGCCACAGAAGGGAUCAUUAGAUUAUUUUGAGUAGGCCAUGUAUCUUUGGAUUAUGUUUUGAAUAUUUAUGGUAGUUAGCUUUUUACCAUGUAAACAAUAUGAUGGAAUAUUAAUGGGUAUAGUGUACGGUAUUUGACUACUAUUGAGUAUUAAGUUAUACCAAGAAUGAUAUAUAUAUAUAUAUAAAUUAGCUAGCAACAAGUCUGAGAUUGUGUAUAGUGACCAAAGUAUUGGAAACCAAUCUAUAGCCACCAAUCUGGGUGGUUCUCUUUGGUGACGGUUUUAUGUAGUUCAAUAUGUUAAUAAAUCUCUCUGUAGUGACGAUUAUUUUGGUUGCAAAUUGAUUUAGUGACGAAUAAACCAAAGGUUUUAAC